CGAGAAAAGAGAGCGCGGGGUGAGAGAGCGAGAGAUCGAGAACGAGAAAGAGUAAGAGAGUGAGGGAGAGCGAGAGGGAGUUUUACCGGGACCGCUUGGGGGAGCUCAGCUGGUGCUUGAGAUGCUCUUCCUGGGUCGCGUACCCUAGCUUGUCGCUGUUGCUGCACCCACCCACACUCGGUGAUGCUCUACGCGCAUUCGUUUCGUUUCAUAGCAGGCGUGGUUUUGCGGUUCUGGUUUGGGCAAGCGUGAACCGUGGCGUCACAGGCUCCGUUGGGAUUCGAACUUGUUGGUCGUGUGGGUUGAUGCACCUGCUGCUGCUUGCGAACCUGGUGCGAUUUCGGGUGCUGGCUGGAAAUUGAAUCCAAUUUUGGGGUGUGCAUGGAGGAAUUUUCUGGAAGCGUUGAGGCAGCGGGAGCUUAAUUUGCAGGAUGCGUAUUUUGUGUGAGGGGGUUGUGAGCCAUUGGCGCAGUCGUGAGAGCGUAUGUUGCUUUUGGCCAGUGCGGGGAACUAGGUUUAGAGCUUAUGAAGCGCUCUUAUCUAGGGUAUAUUUCGUGUUGGAAAGCUUGCUUCUGUAUUCAAAAGCUUGAGGUUAGAGUUCUUAUACAAUCUGGGACGGGGACCGUCGGGUGGCUGUUAGCAGGUAUUAAUAUGUGUCAGAUUGGGACCUCAUGCUGUCGCACGUCUCUGUGGUUAUUUCAAGGCAUCAGCAAAGGAAUUACUUGUCUACAGAAGUAGCCCGUUCAGAUUGACCUAUUAGGACUCGUGUCUGGAAAGUAGCAGGUGGACCUUACCGACAUCUUGAUAUUCAGUCUGCAAUCGUCUGCUUACAACGGUAAUACUUAGUGCUGGUUUCGGAGUUGUAUCUGGGUUGCAGGGAAUUUCCCCAGGUCACAGAGAAACACGCUCCAUCUUAUUCUUCUCACUGCGCAUCAAGGAUGACUGGAAUGUCUUCCAACGGCGAGAGCCUUUUUCGAUUGCUCUCAGCAGCUCCUAGAACUCGGGAGUUGACUGGGGCAGUUGAUCUCAUUUCGCACUAUCAACUGCGAGAACAUUACGAAUCCUUUUGCAAGAAGCCUUUGUCAACAAAGGUAUCCGACUCUAACUAUUUAAGCAACGUAGUUGGAGACACUGAACUUCGAAGAGGAGAGGGCAUGGAGCUUAGUCAGCUUAUAAGUGGUCCAGCGAUGACCUCGAUGCCUUCAGAUCGUGUGCCCUUUCAGCCUUUUGAUCUUGAAGUGCUGCGAAAGGCAUUCACAUUAAAAGAAGCUGGUCCAAUCUUUUUACCAGAGUCCGAAAGGGGUGUUCCUGUCGCUAAGGGUGAUGAGGAAAAGAAGAAGAAACAUAAGAAGGACAGAGAUAGGCACCACAAAAAGGAUAGAGAUAAAGAUAAGGACAAGGACAAGGACAAAAAGAAGGAUAGAGACAAAGACAAGAAGAGGGAAAAGGACAAAGACAAAGAUCGGAGCAAAUCAGAGAACGGCGAGAAAAAGCAUAAAAAGAAGAAGAGGAAACAUGAGGUGGAAGAAGGCGAGGAUGGGCAUAAACAUAAAUCUAAAAAGCACAAACAUUCUUUGAAGGUCGAAGGCCAUACAAUGAAAAAUGGAAAAUGAAAGGCGCAUGAGCUUGUUUCUCAUGAAGGAUAUCAUUUCGUGGGGCUUCUAUAGUCUUUCACAAAACUUAUUGUCAAAAUGUGGUUGGUGGAACAUUUCCUGAUUCGAAAGAUCCCUUUGUGAUCUUGGUUGUAGCAUAGAGUCGAUGUAAAUGUGAUUACCAAAAAGCUUAUGAUGUGGCAGCAAGUUGUCCCAGAGUACUCAAACGGCAUGUAUUAUACUCUUCUUUGUGAUCAAAGAGCUUGUCAUUUUAGGAAGUCCUUUGUCAGGUGUGCACAUUUGCACUCUGGAUUCUUUGAUUUGCAAAACGCAAGUCAUGUUAAAGAUAUUUGGCAGCUUCUCAAACCAAAUUUUGAAGCGUCUUGUUGAUGUGUCCACGUAAUUCAUGAGCUUUUUUUCGCA